GAAGAGGGCAACGGCGAGGAGGAAUCGGGGCGUAGAUAGCGGAGACUGGUGAAAAGAGGGCGUCAGCGGUCGAGCGACAGCGCGAGACGUGCGUGCGUGGGACUCGAGAAGGUCUGGCGAUGGGUGCAUGUACGUCUGCGGGGGUUGAGGUUACCGUGCGUGCCACGAGCGGCGGCUGCGUCAGACUGCGGCGGAAACGUGAGGCGGCGGCAGGGCCGAGGAGCGAGAGAUUGGCGCUGCACCGAAGCGUGCGCGGAGGGCGAGGAAGAAGCGUGAGAGGUGAGGAAAAAUGUAGCGUCAGGUCGGUUUGGGCUGCUGCUGGUGCUGGCUGAGUGAUGCGCCAACGACCACCUGAAAGCGGGCUAUUCCGGAUUCGGUCAC